AUGAUUUGUGCGCCUGGAAGAGGCACAGCCGCCGGCGCCGCCACCGGCCUGGCACUCACCGUGCUGGGCGCGGCCGCCGCCCAGCGCAAGACGGCACGCAAGGCCCUGCGCCGUGAGCUGGCCGUGGCCUAUGAGGACUCUGGCAUCGACCUGUUGGACAACGGCAAGUUUGCUCAGGGCUUGGUGGGUUCCGAGGGCGCCUGGGGCCGCUAUGAGUUCGACCCUUUGGGCUUCUCCAAGAAGACUGAGCUGGUGCCCUACUUCCGUGAGGCUGAGCUGAAGCACGGGCGCUUGGCCAUGCUCGCCUGGGUGGGCCUGGUGGUGCCAGACUUUGUGCGCCUCCCAGGCGAGAAGUUCUCUUUCGAGGCAGUGCCUGUGUCUAUUGAUGCCCACGAUGCUUUCCUUGGUGCCACUGGCGUCAAUGCUCAGGUCCUCUUCUGGGUCAGCAUCCUGGAGCUCUGCUGCGCCAAGAAGGUCUUCGAGUGGAACUCCGUUGAGGUGGCUGGCGACUAUGGCCUUACCAGUUUGUUCCCCAGUGACGAGGAGGGUCAGAAGAAGAUGCGCCUGGCCGAGCUCAAGAACGGCCGCUUGGCCAUGCUGGCCUUCGCAGGAGCGGUGACGCAAGCGGCCCUGACUCGUCAUCCUUUCCCAUGGCUGUGUCCUGGAUUUGAUUGA